CGGCGAUGUGUACGUCGACGAGUAUGCCUUCUUCGGGUGGUUUGUGGCGGAGAAUCGCGGUUGUUACGACGGCUUUUUCGUUGCUGUUAUUCCUCAUUCUACUACUUCAUACUGGGAAGAAAAUCAAUAUCAAUGGUUUUCAAAUGAAGAGGUUGAUUUCAUCCGCCAUUAACGACGUUCUUCCAUCUCCUCACUGGAAACUUCUAGCACCGAGCGUUGAGCCAACCCGGUUUUGGGAUGAUACCAACAAGUGCUCUGAGUCUGACCUUUCCGUUGGCCAAAUACCCAGUGCACCAUUGCCCUCGGGUAUACCCACUUACACUGUUGAGAUCGUGAAUGUGUGCUCCUCUGGAUGUGACAUCGCCCACAUUCAUCUCCGUUGUGGUUGGUUCAGCUCUGCCUUCCCCGUCGACCCAUCUCUCUUCAGGCGUAUUCGUUUUGAUGAUUGUGUCGUCAAUGCUGGCAGAAUUCUAGGGAAUGGGGAGUCGUUUACCUUCCAGUAUGCCAAUACCUACAGCUACCCCCUUUCUAUUUCAUCCAUGAGUUGCUUAUAGAUAAUUAGAUACUCAAUAGCUAUUAGUCUUUUUUUUUCUUGCCUAACGGAGUAGUACCUAAUGUUGUCUACAAUUAGGCUUGGCUUAGGCUAACUAAAGAACACCCAGCAAUUAUAUGAAGCAACGAAGCCAUAGUUGUGACUCGCA